AUGUUGAAGCCGUUAUUUGGGAAAGCAGACAAAACGCCAGCAGAUGUGGUCAAAAAUCUGCGUGACGCGCUGUUGGUUAUUGACAGACAAAGCGCCACACAAAACGAGCGAAAAGUGGAGAAAGCCAUCGAGGAAACCGCGAAAAUGUUGGCUCUUGCCAAGACAUUCAUCUACGGAUCCGACGCCAAUGAGCCGAAUAACGAGCAAGUGACACAAUUGGCACAAGAAGUGUACAAUGCCAAUAUCCUUCCAAUGCUCAUCAAACAUUUGCACAAGUUCGAGUUUGAGUGCAAGAAAGAUGUGGCGUCGGUUUUCAACAACUUACUCCGUCGUCAAAUUGGCACAAGAUCGCCAACUGUGGAAUAUUUGGCUGCUCGUCCUGAAAUUCUUAUCACUCUUCUUCUGGGAUACGAACAACCGGAUAUCGCUCUGACAUGUGGAUCUAUGCUCCGUGAGGCUGUCCGUCAUGAGCACCUUGCUCGUAUCGUUCUGUAUUCUGAAUACUUUCAACGAUUUUUCGUUUUCGUUCAGUCUGACGUCUUCGAUAUCGCCACUGACGCCUUCUCCACUUUCAAGGAUCUAAUGACAAAGCAUAAGAAUAUGUGUGCCGAAUAUUUGGAUAACAAUUACGAUCGGUUUUUCACUGCCUACGCCGCGCUAACGAAUUCCGAAAACUAUGUGACGCGUCGACAAUCGUUAAAACUGCUUGGAGAACUUUUGUUGGACCGUCACAACUUCAGUACAAUGAACAAAUAUAUUACAAGUCCUGAGAAUUUGAAGACUGUCAUGGAAUUGUUGAGAGAUAAAAGACGCAAUAUUCAGUAUGAGGCAUUCCAUGUUUUCAAAAUUUUCGUUGCGAAUCCAAACAAGCCGCGCCCAAUCACCGAUAUUCUCAAUAGAAAUCGCGACAAGCUUGUGGAAUUUCUGACGGCUUUCCAUAAUGAUCGAACCAACGAUGAGCAGUUCAACGAUGAGAAGGCGUAUCUUAUCAAGCAGAUACAAGAACUACGAGUUUAG